AUGGGGGGAGGGAAGGGGGAUCAGAAGAAGGCGGCGGAUAAGGCAGCGGGGCGAGUGAGAGCAAUGGAGAGAGAGGAAAGAGGCGGAAGAACACGCAGGGGGCCGACAGGGGCCAAAGUAAAAGAAACCGGAGACAAAGAGAGGAGGGGAUGGGGUGGAGAAGCGGGAGAAAAGAAACGAAAGAGGAGGGAAGGACAAGGAACAAACGAGGAGGGGGCAAGUAAGCAAGGAGCCAAAAGAAAAAAGAGGAACGAGGAUGGGGGUGGGGAGGAGGGUGGGGUGAAGAAAGAAGGCGGGGAUGGUGAGAGGGAUGAGAUAGGAGAGGGGUUAGAAGGAGAACACGGUAAUGGGAGAUGGUAUGAGACAAGGGGGGAAGGGGCGAAAGAGAGAAGAGGAAAAGCAAGAAGGGGGAGGACCAAGGGGAGACAGGGGAAAAAAGAAACCGGCAGGGGCGAAAGCCGGAAAAAAGUGGCCGAAAAGGAGGAAGGAGGCGAGGGGGAUAACAAAGCCGCAAAAGGAAGGACAGGGUGUCGCGGAAGGGAGGAAGACGGGAAAGAAAAAAGACGAGAAAAGAAAAGGGAAAAGGAGGGAGGGAGGGAAAACAAGGGGAAGGGAGGCAAGAAGGAGAAAGGAAAAACGGGAGGGGGGAGAGGCCGAAAGAGCAAACGACAAGAAGAAGAGAGUGGCCGGCGGAGAGGGGAAGAGGACAGGAGACGAGGAAAAGAAGGGAAAGAAAAAACAAGAGAG